GCAAGAGAAAAAAUCCACCAACUACACACGUACUUCUCUGAGCCACGUUAAGACUCAGAGGCUCUCUCCCUCCCCCGGUCCUUCCUCAAAUCCUUAAAUAGUAAAACCUGAAGAGGGAAGCAUUACAUUUUCAUUGAGUUUAUUUCCAUGUCACUUUCCUUCAUUAUCAAUCACAUUCCCGUUUGUUUUCUUUCUUUUUCUCUCUUUCUCAUACACUAAUUUCCCAGAUUGGAUUCCAACUCAUGGUUCAAACUGGGUUUUCUCUCUGCUUCUAAAGUACAGAUCUUUGCCAAUGCCUUUGAGUUUAAUGUGUUUUUGUGUCGUGCUUGUGUAAGUUUUAAGAUCCAAGAAAACCCCAUUUGGUUUUUACUUCCAUGGAUCUUGUAAGAAAAGGCUACAUGAUCCAUGUCUCUUCAUCAGAAGUACAAGCACUUGCUCCAAUUACAAGUCCAGGGAGCUCAAUCUUUGGGACUCCUAUUCAUCAUUCAGACACAAGCUUCCCCAUUAUAGCAAUUGCCAUAAUAGGAAUUAUAGCCACAGCUUUCUUGCUAGUGAGCUACUACAUCUUUGUCAUCAAGUGCUGCCUCAACUGGCACCGUGUGGAUCUCCUCCGGCGAUUAUCGCUUUCCCGGAACCGGCGAGACGAAAACCAGCUAAUGGUGUACUCGCCGGGUUUGGAGACCCGGGGGCUCGACGAAGCUGUGAUCAGGUCAAUCCCAUUGUUGCAGUUCAAGAAGGAUGGGAAAAACAGAGGUGGGUUUGAAGACGGAAGCCUAUUUUGUGAGUGUGCUGUUUGCUUGAAUGAGUUUCAAGAAGAUGAGAAGCUGAGGAUCAUACCCAACUGCAGCCAUGUCUUCCACAUUGACUGCAUUGACGUUUGGCUUCAAAACAAUGCGAAUUGCCCGCUUUGUAGAACAAGCAUUUCAUCCAACACAACCAGGUUCCCAUACGAUCGAAUCGUGGCUCCGAGCUCUUCACCUCAAAUUCCAACCCCUGGGAGUGCCAAUGGAGGCGAUGAAGACUAUGUGGUGAUCGAACUGAGCAACGAAAACAAUCCGGCGGAUCAAGCAUUGAUGCUUGGAGUGCAAGAAAGAUUGAACUCAGGGGAGUUGUCAGUGAGGUCCAUUAGUCCUUCCCCAAGGAAAUUGGAACAAAUUAGAACAUUUCUGCCCAAGAAGGCAAGAAAGUUUAACAACAAGGUUACUAGUAUGGGUGAUGAGUGCAUUGACAUUAGGGGAAAAGAUGAGCAAUUUUCCAUCCAACCCAUCAGGAGGUCUUUCUCAAUGGACUCUUCUAAUGACAGACAUCUCUAUUUGGCAGUUCAAGAAGCUGUGCAGCAGCAAAGCCAAGUCAGUGAGGUUAGUCCAAUUGAAGGUUGCAGCAGUAGUACCAGUUCUAGAAUCAGAAGGUCUUUCUUUUCUUUUGGGCAUGGUAGGGGAUCUAGAAGUAACAAUGCAAUUCUGCCUGUUUAUUUGGAGCCUUAAUUUUUGUUUUUUCCUUGGAUUUUCCAAGUUUUAGUACUUCUGUGAAAUAGACAAUUCUAGAUGUAUUAUUGAGAGAUUACAGAACUUGUUACAUAAGCCAUAUAUUGAAUUGAAAUUUGAAAGCUACAAUUUUUUUGGGUC